ACCAUGUCUUAACUCAGCUCAGAACAGCAUACUUCCCCCGCACCCCCCCCACCCCCACCCCCACCCCCAACGCGAUCUCUUUCAAGCUCUUUUAUUUAUUUCUGCUAGUUUCUUUCUUAAGCUUUCAAUUCAAAAAAUUCCUUCCAAAUCCCUGUAUGCAAAUUUUCUUCAUUUCACAUUUCUAGGGUUUUCUUUCUUUCUGCUCUCAACCUCCCCAAUCACGGAAAGAUUCAAGGAAUUUAUAUGACUCAGAUUUUUGCUAAAUUUAUCAGUUGGGUUUAGCAAAGAUUCACAGCUCUCAGUAUUUAUUGUUUCAGUUGUGUUACUAAUUGUGAACCUUAUUCCAAAAUUCUGCCUAAAAUUCUGAAUUGGUAAUUGUGGUCCUCCCAAAGCUUCUUAUUGGUGGAAGUCAUUUUUGGACUAGAUUGGAAGGGAGAUAAUUGAUCCUUCCAAAUCUCUCAUUGUUGUAGAAAUUGUGUACUUGGUUAUUAACUUCAUGUAUAGGUGUUAUAUGAUCAAUCUGGUUACUGAAAAACGGAUCUCCUGCAGAACUAUACUUUGCUGAUUCUUUAAAUUUUCAAUAUAAAGUAUAAAAAAAUAUGCCUUCAUGGUGGGGGAAGUCAUCAUCCAAAGAAGCAAAGAAGAAAACAAGCAAGGAAAGUUUCAUUGACACAUUACACAAAAAAUUUAAGAGUCCAUCUGAAGUUAAAGCAAACAAUAGAUCAGGAGGGUCUCAAAGACAUUGCAGUGACACGGUUUCAGAGAAGGGGUCUCGAUCCCCCCUAGAUUCAAGAUCACCUUCUCCUUCCAAACAUGUGGCAAGGUGUCAAAGUUUUGCUGAAAGGGCUCAUGCUCAUCCACUUCCACUUCCUGGUGUACACUCUGCCAGUAUUGGUCGUACAGAUUCUGGAAUUAGUAUAUCGAUAAAACCUAGGUUAGAAGAAGCCUCAAAACCACUGCCUCUUCCAAGACCUGGAUGCAUUCAUGGCAGGUCAAAUCCUGUGGAUUUAGAUGGAGAUGUGGUCAAUGCUUCUGUUUCUAGUGAGAGUUCCGUUGAUAGCAAUGACCUAGCUGACUCACAUCAUCGUAGUCCUCAGGCAACUGAUUUUGACACUGGGACUAGAGCUGCUGCAGGCAGCCCUUCCAGCUUGAAGCUCAAGGAUCAAUCCUCUAGCAUUGCGCAAAUGAACUCAAGAGAAGGAAAAAAACCACCUAACCUUCCUUUCAGUAAUCUUUCUUCCCCUACAUCACCUAAAAAAAGACCUUUAAGCAGUCAUGUGCCAAAUCUACAGGGUCCUUAUAAUGGUGCUUUCUUCAGUGCUCCCGACAGCUCCAUGUCAAGUCCUUCCAGAAGUCCAAUUAGAGCUUCUGGCUGUGAGCAAGGUACGAGUUCUGCUUUUUGCGUUGGGAAGACUUAUCCAGAUAUCACUUUUGUUGGAUCUGGUCACUGCUCCAGUCCAGGUUCAGGUCAAAACUCUGGGCAAAAUUCAAUGUCAGGACAGAUAUUUUGGCAACAAAGCUGGGGCAGCCCAGAGUAUUCGCCUGUGCGGAGUCCUCGAAUGACUAGCCCUGGACCAAGCUCCAGAAUCCAUAGUGGUGCUGUUACUCCUAUUCAUCCUAGAGCCGGAGGGACAUCCACUGACUCACAGAUGAGUUGGCCUGAUGAUACGAAACAACAAAGUCACCGUUUACCACUUCCUCCUAUAACAAUUUCCAAUACUUCUCCUUUUUCUCACUCAAAUUCAGCAGCAACAUCUCCCUCUGUACCACGAAGUCCAGGAAGGGCGGAGAAUCCAGCAAGUCCUGGCUCCCGGUGGAAAAAAGGGAAGCUGUUAGGUAGAGGCACUUUUGGACAUGUUUAUGUUGGUUUUAACAGUGAAAGUGGCGAAAUGUGUGCAAUGAAGGAGGUCACAUUAUUUUCUGAUGAUGCGAAGUCUAAGGAAAGUGCUAAGCAAUUAAUGCAGGAAAUUGCUUUGUUGAGCCGUUUACGACAUCCAAACAUCGUGCAGUAUUAUGGGACUAAAACGGUGGGUGACAAACUUUAUAUAUACCUCGAGUAUGUUUCUGGUGGCUCCAUUUUUAAACUUCUCCAAGACUAUGGACAAUUUGGUGAACUAGCAAUUCGGAGUUAUACUCAACAAAUCUUGUCAGGGCUUGCAUAUCUGCAUGCAAAAAAUACCGUUCACAGGGAUAUUAAAGGAGCAAAUAUACUCGUAGACCCAAUUGGCCGUGUGAAGCUGGCCGACUUUGGGAUGGCCAAGCAUAUUGCUGGGCAGUCGUGCCCAUUAUCUUUCAAGGGGAGUCCUUAUUGGAUGGCACCUGAGGUUAUAAAAAAUUCAAAUGGUUGCAACCUUGCUGUGGAUAUUUGGAGUCUUGGGUGCACUGUUUUGGAAAUGGCUACAACAAAACCACCUUGGAGCCAGUACGAAGGGGUUGCUGCCAUGUUUAAGAUUGGUAAUAGCAAGGAACUCCCAGCAAUUCCAGAUCACCUCUCAAGAGAUGGGAAGGAUUUUGUCUGGCGAUGUUUGCAACGCAAUCCAAUCGAUCGUCCUACAGCUGCCGAGCUUUUGGAGCACCCUUUUGUGAAAUAUGCUGCACCAUUGGAAAGACCUAUUUUGGGCCCAGAGCCUUCGUCUCCGCCUGCUGUGGUUACAAAUGGAGUGAAAGCUCUGGGCAUUGGGCAAGCAAGAAAUCUUUCCACCUUGGAUUCUGAUAGACUUGCAUUUCACUCAUCUAGAGUCCCAAAAACCGGUUCCCAUGUCAGUGAGAUCCAUAUUCCAAGGAACAUAUCAUGCCCUGUUUCACCUAUUGGAAGCCCUCUAUUGCACUCAAGAUCACCACAACACUUGAAUGAAAGAAUGUCUCCUUCUCCUAUAUCUAGCCCGCGAACCACUUCAGGCUCAUCCACACCUCUCACAGGUGGUGGUAGUGGCAUUCCAUUUAAUCAACUGAAACAGUCAGUUUAUUUGCCAGAGGAUUUUGGAAGCAUGCAAAAGCCCCCAAAUGGUUUCUACAUCAAUGUCCCCUCCUAUCAUGAGUCAAAUCCGGACAUAUUUAAAGGAAUUCAAACGGAGCCUUAUAUAUUCUCAGAACUGGUCCCCAGUGAAAAUGGUGUUUUGGGAAAGCAAUUUGGAAGGCCUGCUCAUGGCGAGUUGUAUGAUGGACAGUCCGUCUUGGCUGAUCGCGUGUCUAGGCAGCUCCUGAGUCCCAGCUCUCCUUUGUCCAGUCGCACCAAUGGUAUAUAACUUGACACAUAGUCGCGGACUACCUUUCAGAGCCCUGUCAGACUAUGUUUCCGCUUCACUGGAUCAAUGUAAUUAUCAUUUUAGCCGACAAGGAAGCUAGUUUUUCCAGUAAGGACUCCUAACCAACAGAAUCCCUGGAAUAAGGUUGGAUCCGUGGCAAAUGAAGUGGCUGGUGGCAGAAAAAGUGUGCGCAGUGGCUUGGUGUGGAGACUUAUGGCAUUCAGAUCAUCCAGUGAUCAAACAAGCCAGGUUAUAUAAUGAAACCAGUACGGUAGUGGAUGUUUGACCUGGCCAAUUACAUGGAGCUCACUUCCUGGAAAGGGAGCCAGUUGUCUUGCGUAGCUUCUCAUGAUUGAUGCGGCAUUGACAUUGUACAAGUUGAGUGCUUAAAUUGUCACCUAAUGCUUGACGGAUUUGAGGUAUGGGUAAAGCACUCUUUUUCCUUGUGAACGUCUGGUGACAUGCGUGGCAGUUCCUUCAGUACCUAAAAUAAAAAUUAUAAAAGAAAAAUCGCGUCGAUGAUAACUAUUUUUUUUUCAA